CUUUCAAAUGAGGUGACAAACAAUUAUCAUCGUAAUAACUGAUACAUUACAGAAGUUAAUGUUUUGCUUUUUGCAUGUUAGAUUCUUCAACAGCCUUUAGAAUCAUUGUAAAGUUCUAUUUCCAUAACCCUUCCAUUGUUCAACGGGUGAAACGUGACUCCAAACUGGCGUAACCUGUGUCUAAGCAACGACGCACAAUAACAUUGUGGCGCUGAAAAUAAAUAAUAUUUUUUUGCUCCAUUAGGAUUUUUUACUAACUCCAAAUUACCGAGGGAAACGACAAAACUACGUCUACAGGGAUUUCAUUUGACAUUUUACGGAGUUGUUUUGUCUGCGCGUCAUUACUGGUGAAAAUGUAUGGGCGCGCUCCAAGAGUUACCUACCUCACUGUGGGCAGCACCACGUCCGAAGUUGGGCCAGGAUCAUACGAGGUCAUUCAAUAUAAAACCAAAAAAUCAGAUGGCUAUGCUCCGUUUCUCUCACUCUCCAACCGGCCCUCAAUGUUCCACAGGUCCAGCAAUGACAAAGCCUUGCCUGGACCGGGACAAUACAACAGCUCACAUAGCAAGGAUAACAUUCUGGGAGGACAAAGUCUAAAGAAUCGAUCAAAGCGGUUUGAUGAGUUGGUGUCAGAAGUCCCGGGCCCUGGAACGUACAACGUCCGGCAGGCAGCAGGAAACACACUGAGGGGAGCUGAGAGUGAGCCUCCGGGGAAGAGACGCACUAAGGUGUGGCUUCAGGGUGUUCCUACUCGCCUCAACUUCCUGCCACAGCCAGACAUUCCUUCCAUCCCAUCACCUGGGCAGGCCUUUGGCUAUGAAGACAAUGGACAGGGAUUUCUUUGCAAGCAAAAGGCACCAGCAAAGGAUGAUACAUUAGGACCUGCUUUCUACAACCCAGUGGUGGCAGAAACCAGCUUCUCUCUGAAGUACAAAGGCGUCCAUUUUGGGAAGAUGACAGGGAAGCGAGGCGAGGUGAAGGGAGUAGAGGGCCCUGGACCAGGGCAAUAUGAUCCUGAAGAGUAUUCCACGACGGAGUACGAGAACGUCAAUGUGAGGAAGGGGCAGAAGAGUCGGGCCGAGCUGGUCGUCCCGCGCUACCACGAGAUUGUCACCUUGCAGGAGGAGAAGAAGGGAGUGCCAGGUCCAGGCCAGUAUCACAUCAGGAGUCAGUUUGAGAAGCCGAGCAGCCCGUACGGCAAUCUACCUGUCUUCAGCCCUCCUUUCCUCUCUCAGGCGCAGCGGUUCAGUCCUGUGAAGGAACUGGCUCCUCCUGUAGGUAUGUACAAUGACCCGCGCUGUGCUCUAGAGAUCCUCAAGAAGACCACUGGAAUGCAGAGAAAUCCCUUUGGCCUGACUGCUGUUCGGUUCCUUCCUGACAACCGGAAACAGUCCACUCCAGGUCCUGGUGCCUACAAUAUGUUUGAAUAUGGCCUGGCCCAGGACAGCAUGAAAAAGGCUUACCUAGAGAGCACCAGGAAGGGAGGCUUCGGUUCGACAGCCCAACGCAGUCUCGUGUUCCACAACAAUGACGAGGUCCCUGGGCCGGGCCAGUACAAGGUGGAGAAGACGACAGAGGAGCUGUACAAGAAGCAGCACACAGCAGCAUUCAAGUCGGCCACAGAACGACUGGCCAUAUCCCUGGUGGCUAAAGACACCCCUCCUCCCAGCUCCUACAACGUGCGGGAGUCUUUUGAGAAGACGUACGGCCGCGCCUCCUUCUCAGGACCCAGGAGCGAGGGGGGCAGGAAACGCCAGAGCUCAUUCCUGAGCGCAGCACCCAGACACUCCUCCUUCCUGAGCUGCGAUCCGGACUUCCCAGGUCCAGGUCAGUAUAGUCCUGACAUCAAGUCCAGUCCCCAGAUGGCUCUGAUCGUGUCCAGAGAGGAUCGCUUCAAAGGCCCCAAGAACACCAACCCCGGCCCAGGCACCUAUGAGCUCAGCCCAGCGAUCAUGGACACGGUUCUGAAGGGCACGUUCAACGUAACCCUCAACAACCCGCUGAGCAACCACUACCCUGCCCCUCACCUACUGAGCGCCAUGCCGCCGCCGCUCACCCACAGCAGUGUAUAGAGCAGGGUCAAAGGGAGCUUUUUUGGAGGAAACCACAGACUUCCCUGAUGUUUCAGCAUUGGGAAAAACAAUUAAAAUAAAUAGAUGUUAAACAAUACAUGUUUAUUUUACAUUCUUUUGUAAACACACUGAUAAUUAUUCAACAACCUUUAGAACAGGGGUAAAACUAGAUUUAGCUGCAGGCCACUUUUUUUCUGAGUGGGUGAUCAGGUGGGCUGAACAUAAAUUUGAUCAUUUAUACACUGCAAAUUGAUUGCAAGUAAGCCCGAAUAAGAUAUUGUGUUUGACAAUAACAUGAUCAUUUCAUACCUUUGAUUACAUUGAGACACGCUCACAUCUCCCACUGGGCACACCAUGUCAUUUCAACGUGGAUCAUUUGGUAAUAUUUAGUUGAGACGUUGUUCAAUGAGAUUAGAACCUAUAUUCACCCACUCAAAAAGACAGCCAAAAGUUAGUUACAUUUCCAAUGUGUUCUCACUACGCUUUAACCAUCUAAAAGCACAACCAAAUUCCAAUGUGUUCUCACUACGCUUUAACCAUCUAAAAGCACAACCAAAUUCCAAUGUGUUCUCACUACGCUUUAACCAUCUAAAAGCACAACCAAAUUCCAAUGUGUUCUCACUACGCUUUAACCAUCUAAAAGCACAACCAAAUUCCAAUGGAAAAACCAUGUCCAACAUAUCAAUUAUCAAUUUGUAGACCAACUAGAAUUAAAGUCAGUAUCACAGAUGGAACUAUCCAAGCAGAAGAUACAUAUAUUUGGUUGUGUUGACAAACAAACACAGUUCAAUACCCAGUUUGUGUAACGGCUGUCGUCAGAAGAAGGUGAAGACCAAAACGCAGCGUGGUAAGUGGUCGUCAUAUUUAAUAGAAACUGAACACUAAAAGGCAAAAACAACAAAGUGACAACGGAAACAGCUCAGUCAGGUGCAACACACACACUAAAGAGAAAUUAAUCACCCACAACACAAAAUGUAAAACAGGAUACCUAAGUAUGGCUCCCAAUCAGAGACAACGAUAGACAGCUGCCUCUGAUUGGGAACCACACCAUGCCAAACACAUAGAAAACCAACAACAUAGAAAAAAGAACAUAGACUGCCCACCCUAGUCACACCCUAACCAAAAUAGAGAAUAAAACACCUCUCUAUAGCCAGGGCGUGACAUGUUGAUCUGUUGGAUUCACAUCUCAACCAAAAGUCACAGUUAAAGAAUAGGACUAAAUAUAAUCUAAUUUAAUCAAACUAUAAAUUCACUUUAAGUAAUGUUUCAUUUGAAUUAGUUUUAUUCUCAACUUAGAUUUUUGGUUGAGAUUGAGAUGGGAAUCCAACAUAUUAAUGAUUAACAUGAAGAUUAAAUUUGAAAUUACUGUAUAUGUAUAGUCUAUUUGUAGUUGAAUCCUGGGAUGAAUCGAAACAACAGCUGUUGAUGCCUUUGUAAAUAUUAUACAGGCCUAAAUAGUAUUAUUGGUGAUACGAGUAAUAGGGUAGCUGUAGAUCAGGGGUGUCAAACUCAUUCCACGGAGGGCCUAGUGUCUGAAGGUUUUUGGUUUUUCCUUUCAAUAAAGCCCUAGACAACCAGGUGUGGGGAGUUCCUAACUAAUUAGUGAUGUUAAUUCAUCAAUCAAGUACAAGGGAGGAGCGAAAACCCGCAGACACUCGGCCCUCCGUGGAAUGAGUUUGACACCUGUGCUGUAGAUAGAUCAAUUCUCCAGUAGGAGAUGCUUCCCAGUAAUAGGGUAGCUGUAGCUAGAUCAAUUCUCAAGUAGUCCUGAUAGUGGAAAUAAUGUUGAAGAUCUGACGUUGUUUUAAAGCUACAAAUUCAACAUAUUUUAUAAAAGGUUUGUCUAUGUCCUCCCCUCAGCAGCCCCCAAUGUUUACCACCUACAUUCCACGUCACAAUACGUUGACAAAUUACAUUUAAACAAUGUUGAUUCAACCAGUUUGUCUCUGUAUUUUUUCGCAGGAAUGCUCGGGAACAGAUUUCAUAAAUGAAAAUAAUUUUUAGCUGAAUUCAAGGUGAUUUUACAGUAUUAUUUUGGUCCAACAAUGAAAACUAAUUUCGUUUUUUAUUUGGGUGGCCAAAUAAUAGCAAAAGGUUUUCGCCAACGUCUACUUUGGAGGUUUCAAUGGUCUGUCUCCAACCCCUGCGUUGGAGGUUUCAGAGGUCUGUCUACAACGUCUGCUUUGGAGGUUUCAGAGGUCUGUCUACAACGUCUGCUUUGGAGGUUUCAGAGGUCUGUCUACAACGUCUGCUUUGGAGGUUUCAGAGGUCUGUCUCCAACCCCUGCGUUGGAGGUUUCAGAGGUCUGUCUACAACGUCUGCUUUGGAGGUUUCAGAGGUCUGUCUACAACGUCUGCGUUGGAGGUUUCAGAGGUCUGUCUACAACGUCUGCUUUGGAGGUUUCAGAGGUCUGUCUACAACGUCUGCUUUGGAGGUUUCAGAGGUCUGUCUACAACGUCUGCUUUGGAGGUUUCACAGUUCUGUCUACAACGUCUGCUUUGGAGGUUUCAGAGGUCUGUCUCCAACCCCUGCUUUAAAGAUUUCAAGGCAAACAGAUUCACUUCAAAUAAAAGUCUCGUAACUUAUUUACCCAUUUGGAAACAAAACAACUACCUCUUUACCUACUGUAUUUAUUUAUUAAUUUAUUUUGCUCCUUUGCACCCCAUUAUUUCUGUCUCUACUUUGCACUUUCUUCCAAUGCAAACCAACCAUUCCAGUGUUUUUUUUAGUUUUUAUUUUACUUGCUGUGUUGUACUCACUUCGCCUCCAUGGCCUUUUUAUAUUUUUAUUUAUUUAUACAUAUAUCUGUUUGCCUUCACCUCCCUUAUCUCACCUCACUUGCUCACAUUGUAUAUAGACUUAUUUUUUUAUUUUUUUCACUGUAUUAUUGACUAUAUGUUUGUUUUUACUCCAUGUGUAACUAUGUGUUGUUGUAUGUGUCGAACUGCUUUGCUUUAUCUUGGCCAGGUCGCAAUUGUAAAUGAGAACGUGUUCUCAAUUUGCCUACCUGGUUAAAUAAAGGUUAAAUAAAUAAAUAAAUAAAAAACACUAAUAAGAUACUCUCGUUAAUCGUGUGGUUCCACCCUUCUCUAGGCCCUCUCUAGGCCCUCUCUAGGCCCUCUCUGGCCCCUCUCUAGGCCCUCUCUAGGCCCUCUCUAGGCCCUCUCUAGGCCCUCUCUGGGCCCUCUCUAUACCCUCUCUAGGCCCUCUCUAGGCCCUUUCUGGGCCCUCUCUAGGCCCUCUCUGGGCCCUCUCUGGGCCCUCUCUAGGCCCUCUCUGGGCCCUCUCUAGGCCCUCUCUGGGCCCUCUCUAGGCCCUCUCUGGGCCCUCUCUGGACCCUCUCUAGGCCCUCUCUAGGCCCUCUCUGGGCCCUCUCUGGGCCCUCUCUAGGCCCUCUCUGGGCCCUCUCUGGGCCCUCUCUAGGACCUCUCUAGGCCCUCUCUGGGCCCUCUCUAGGCCCUCUCUAGGUCCACAUAGCACUCCACUGCAUCCCAAAUGGUUCCCUAUCAUCCCAAAUGGUGCCCUAUUCCCUAUAGUGGACUCAUUUUGAACAGGGUCUAUAGGG